AUGUUGAACUCCGAAAGCGAAACGGGCUCAGUAUUAGGGUUAAAGUCCUCAUCGUCGUUGAAGCCUCACAUACCAGCGAUUUUAAAAGGAGGAGGACUCACAGCUGCUAACUUGAUGGAACUUCAAGAAGCCGCUUUUCAGCUUCGAUCCAAAUGUACUCAGAUGGAAUCUGAAAACAAAUUGUUAGUUGAAAAACUUAGCGAUUGCAGGAGUGAAAUACUUCACCUGCGAACAAGUGAAUUACUUCUUCAAAAGGAAGUCUCUAUAUGGUCUAGUUUCUCCCGUCUUUUUGCCCAACCACUUUAUGAAACUCGUAUCGCAUUAGGUAGAUAUCAAAUAGAGGCGCAACAACUGAUGAUUCAAGAGUUAAUUCGAGAUCGAGAGCGAAAGGAUGCAUUUAAAGCGGUAGAGUCUCAAAAACAAAGGCGUGAAAAUAUUGCAUUGAUGACAAAACUACGACAAAUAAAUGAAGAACGAGAUAAAGAGAAGGAAAAUAAUGCAGAAGAUAAGGUGCAACUAAGGAAGAUAAUGGAAGACUCUAAGGCUGUACGAAAACAAAUGUCAAUAUUACAAAAUGACUUGACAUUUUGUAUGAACCGUUUGGAGGAAAGUGAACGGGAACGGUCUAGACUGCAGCGUCAUCUUUCUGAGCACCAAGUCGCAUUAACAAAAAGACGACGUGAUGAUGUUGAUAUCAAGUGGUAUGAAGAAGAAAUACGUUCACGAGAUGAUCUCAUCGCCGAGUUACAACGGACUGUGCGAGAGGUGAAUCUACUUUUAGCCGAACAGACAUUAGUGAGAUUAGAGAAGAGAGGGGAAGAGGGGAUUAGCCCCUCACGGCGGCAGUUUCUCUCAAAAGAACCUGUUAUUAGUCCAGUCAUUGCGGGGAAUGUUGACGGCUGCUCCUCUGAGAAACUACACCAAAGCAUUCAGAGAUUACGUAAACAGUUGGAGAGGGAAGUGGACUCUCCCACGCAUCGUCGUCGUCGUCUUUUCUCUCAUCACUCCACUCCAACACGUUCUUUCACAUCGCCGUUUUCUUCUUCGUGGACAGAAGGGGAUCGUGUGGAUAGUAUGAGUGUGGGUUUGCAGGAGUUUCUAGUACGAGAACUCCAGGCUCCUAUACAGUAG